AUGAACCGACCACCUGGGAAAGGCGAUACCUGGUGGUCGCGACAUGAUGCCGAAUGCGGAGGGACUUACACAAAGAUCAGUGAGCCCAAGCUUACGAAGAAGCAGUUGCAAAAUCUAAGCAGCAAGGAGAGAGCAGGAAGACAGAAGAACAAGCUCGACGAUUGGGUCAUGACAUCGAAGGGAAAGGAUGCUAGCACCGAGGGUGAAACCUCUGAUAAGCUUGUCGCUCUCGACAAAGGGGAUGAAACUCCUUCUAAGGUGGUGGUUGGGGAUGUUGUGAAGUCGUCAAUAUCCAGCGCAGGCCAGAAACGGUCACGAGCGGACGCCAAUGGCGAGGAGGGCGACGACGAUGUGCUUGUUGUCGAGAAAAAGACGCUCGUGGAGUGUCCUAUCUGCGCCAUGCAAGUAGCGAAUACGCAGAUAAACAAGCAUUUCGACGUGCUGCAUUGA